AUGGACUCUGACUCAUGGAUCUCUUCACGCAUCUCCAACUCUUCACGCCGCUACUAUUCCCGAUCCGAUCUGUUUGUCGGUGGAAACGACGACGCGGAACCCGGCGGCGAUGAUUUAAGAGCGGAGUAUCUUUGCCCUUUCUGCGCUGAAGAUUACGACGUCGUUUCUCUCUGUUGCCACAUUGACGAGGAACAUCCUCUUCAAGCCAACACCGGGGUUUGUCCGGCUUGUGGGGAAAAGGUGGGAAUGGAUCUUGUUGAACAUAUUACAACGCAGCAUUCAAAGUUUUUCAAGGUGCCGCGGAAAAGGAGGGUAGUGAGGAAAGGAGUUUCUAACUCAACAUUAUUUAGAAAAGAGUUGAGGGAAGGAGCAUUGCAUUCUCUUCUUGGAGGUUCUUCAACCAAUUCCGAAUCUGAUACUCUAUUGUCAUCAUUUAUUUUUAACCCAGUUUUAGGCAAUGAAGCUGUGAGUGAACAAUCUAGUUCUUCCAUUGAAGCUUCCCCAGUAAAAGAUAGCUCAAAAAAUGAUUUCGUGGAAAGAAAACCGCAACAAGUACAGAUGUCAGAUGAGGACCGAAUAGAGAAGACUCGAAGGUUAAAUUUUGUGCAAGGGCUUCUGAUGUCCACCAUUCUUGAUGAUAAAUUAUGA